AUGGAACCUACGCGCGGCAUUUGCGCCAAGUCUCUGGUCGACAUGGAAGAUGAGUUACAUAAAAUUGAGGAGUUGAUCAACAGUCCAGACGAAGUAUGCCAGUGAAAAUUUCAGGAGAUCCAUUUGCUCAUUUGCUAUAGUUUAUGGACAUAUGUGCAUGCGAAAUACUUCCAUCUCCAACUGAAACAAACUCUGGAGGUAUUUUGCCGCGUUUCUGAUACUUCCCGGAUGCUAAAUGGUAAACUUUUUGCCACUCGAUCAGAUCUCUCUGCGGGCCCACAGUUGCGGAAACCACAAAUCUCUCCGGUCUUUCGACGAGGCUAUCAGUCUGUCGGGAAAAUAAUGAGCACUCUGUCGCAUCGAAAAUAUCGCCGCUGAGAAACUGAAUUUUGUCGCUAAAUCAAAUUGCUUUUCGCUUCAGCGACACGGUCUAUGCAGCGACAUUGGGCUUAUUAUUUUCCCGACAGACUGAUAAAAAAGAAAUGAUUUAUGAAAUUUAUAAGCAAUUUUAUUUCUUCACUCUCUUUUUGCGGUCUAACUAGAAGACUUUUGCUAUUUUUUCACGAUCAAAAAGCGAUGAAUACAAACAGCAAAAAUAAACAACAAAACUUACUGUACAAAACGUCCGGAUUACAAUGGCAUUAAUUUUCUUUCCGUUUGCAAAUAAACAUUAACCCCUAACCCAUCGACGGAGAGUUGGGGGCGCGCUUACGCAAAGCCUCUGAUCGUCUUUACAUGGGACAUGUUUGCUUAUCAGUUCCUCCACUCCCCUAUUCUGCUGGAAACGACUCAGUUCCCCCUCCGCUUCAAGGUGUUAUUCAUACUCUCUGCCGCAACUUUGUCAAUGUCCUAUACGCUGCGGAAAUUGCUUUUGUUCGCGACGCUCUUGUUGGCCAUUGACAAAUGUUGCUGCCUGCAGUGUCAUGAAGGUAAGGUGCCAUGAAUUUGGAGGUGUUUCAAAAUGCUUUUCAAGGGUUUAUGAGGAGAGUGAGUCAGCGAAAAAAUGAAAAGUUUCGGUAGAGAAAAGUGAGUUCAUAAAUAUCAGUCUGGCCGAAAAAAAGAACCGGCAGGCAUUCCGUCGCAGGUUUUUGCAGUCUAAUUUGCAUCACGGAGAAACUUGGAUCGCCGGAAAACUAGGCAUGGCUCCGGGCCGGGCUUUGCAAAAUUUUCCGGCCCGGGCCGGGCCGACUGAUUUCUCGGCCCGCCUGCGGGCUUUGAUUUUUAGGCCCGGCUCGGGCCGGCCCGGUUUGUUUGACAAGGAAAGUACUUUUAUGGGGGCUCCUACUUUUUGACGGGACAUAUCUCAAAAAAUCAGAAAAAAUGUGCUGAUCAAGGAUAUAUAAAUCUUAGCUGCCCAUUUUAGGUUUUUAGGGGUGAAAACUCAAUCGGAAGUGGGCUUAAAGUCCUAUAUAAACCCCUUUUCGCUUAAUUUUUCACAGGUUUACAAUUUUUAUUUUGGCUUAAAAUUAUGUUUAUUCAGUUUCUAAGACGUAAAAAAUCAGUCUUGGGACAAAAAUUUACUUUUCCGACCUUCAACUUCAAAAAAAGUUGAUUCGGCCCAAAAGGGAAAUCGAACCCGUGCGGCGUUCCCCCUCUUGAUUCCCAGACUACGGCACUAACCACUCGGCCACACCGCUCUCUUCCGAGGGAAGAGACGGACUGCGCUUUUUAUCGUUUCGAAUGCCUGCGCCUUUUGUAGGGAAUUUAAGCCAGUUUUUGGGCAUUUUCACCCCUAAAAACCCAAAAUGGGCAGCUAAGAUUUAUAUAUCCUUGAUCAGCACAUUUUUUGUGAUUUUUUGAGAUAUGUCCCGUCAAAAAGUAGGAGCCCCCAUAAAAGUACUUUCCUUGUGAAAUCUGAGUUUUGCCCGGAAAAAAAGGAAAAAACAAACUUUUUCGAUAUAAUUUUUCAUUUUUUCAAACACAAUGCUGAUAGCAAACGUAAAAUGAUCUUAUGUACCUAGGUUUUGCUAAAUUUUUCUUUACAUUUUGCAAAAAUUUGUCAUAAUUUUCCUUUCAUGUCCGCUUUCUUUCCUUCCAGCCUAGUAUAAAAAAUUUCCGGGCCGAACCGGGCCGGGCUUUCCAAAUUUUUCAAGCCCGGGCCGGGCCGGGCUUGGAGAUUUAAGCCCGGGCCUGCGGCCCGGGCCGGGCCGGGCCGGACUACCCCGGUUUGCAGCCAUGCUUACGGAAAACAGCAAGAACGACGGAUCACCCAAAAAAGAGGCUCUUGCACAGUGCAAACCGUUUUUUUUUGUUUUGCACUGUGCAAUCAGCAAAAUUCCCCAAAUUUUGGCGAUUUUUCCAAACCACGCGCGCUUUCUUGCAUCGCAUUGCAAAAACUUUCAUUUCCGGGGUUGCGAUUUCGAAGUGAGGGGAAGCCCGGUUCCUUCUCGGCCACAGUGAUAUCAGUCUGUCGGGAAAAUAGUGUGGAUUUGUCGUAGCAAAACGUGUCGCCUUGUCGCCGCCAAAUCUCCAGCGGAAGGUCGCCGCAAACCGCCGGUUUUAAGGCUCCACGAUUCCAUACUAUUUUCCCGACAGACUGAUAAUAAAGAGUGAGUCAGAGAGGAAGGAACGCUCUUUUCCAGACAAAAUACUACGCUGUUUUAAAAGUGCGGAGACUUUUUUCGCGGCUCACAUUGCGUAUUGCCCCUUUUUGCACCAUUGUUUUUUUGCGGCGACGCAGUUGAAAAAAAGCUUGCGUCGCGGCGAUUUUCGAAAAAGCACACUGCAAAUAGCUUUGCGACAAAAAGCCUGCCUCACUUUUGAAAAAGCGUAGCAUGAAUUUUUGUGGGUAAGUUUGGAUAAAAAAGCGGUUGUGAGCGAUGAAAUUUUUACGUACGAAAAACCGCCUGUUAAAUAUUUCAAUUUUAUAUAUGUAUUAUACCUACGUAGAUAUGUACCUGUUUUCAGAUGUCAUCAACGGCGAAGGCUUCGAACUGAUAGAGUGCGAGGACGGCACGGAUUACUGUGCGAAACUGAUCAACGACAAAGGAGUGAAAGGAUCCGAAGAGUACAGGUCCGUUGUUUCUAUUUUUUUUUCACAUAAAUUUACACAGUGACGGACCUGAUCCAGUGGCAAAAGACGUACCAUUUUGCAUCCGGGAAGUAUCAAAAAUGUGGCAAAAUACCUCCAACUCCAAGUGAAAAAAACUCGAAUUUCAAAAUGCGCGCCUGGUCUUUUUAUAAGGGGGAAAGGGCCCCCUUUCAAAUGAAGUUUUUUCACUUGAAAGGGGAAGCAUUUUGCCACAUUUUUGAUGCUUCUCGAAUGCAAAAUGAUACGUUUUUUGCCACUAGAUCGGCUCCGUCACUGUAUAUGGCUCAAAAUUAGUCUUAUCCGACCAAAAAGGUCUUAUCAGUCUGUCGGGAAAAUAAUGAGCACUCUGUCGCGUCGAAAAUCGCAGGAGAAAAUGAAUUGUGCCGCGGAAAAAUCAAAUUGCUUUACACUUCAGCGACACGACCGGCGCAGCGACAUUCUGCUCAUUAUUUUCCUGACAGACUGAAUUCAUUUUAAAAUUAGACCUAUCAGUCUGUCGGGAAAAUAACGACGGAUCGUUGCGCCUCGGAAUCCCCCCAUCAUCGCUUUGCGACUGCAAGCCGCGGCUUGGGAUUUGGUGCGCGAUAGCGGCGAGGCGAGAGAUUUUGCUGCGACGAUCCGCCGUUAUUUUCCCGACAGACUGAUAUUUCUGCCAUUCUGAACAUUCAUCAAUGAGGGCUGUCGAAUUUUAUCAGUCUGUCGGGAAAAUAAUGAGCAUUCUGUCGCCUCGAAAAUCGAAGGAGAAAAUGAAUUGUUUCGCGACAAAAUCAAAUUGCUUUUCACUUCAGCGGCACGACCGGCGCAGCGACAUUGUGCUCAUUAUUUUCCGACAGAUUGAUACCUUUUUUCAUAACUUUUUUUGGCUCGACCCUCGAUUUUUCAGAGCCUGCGCGACGCCCAAGAUGUGUCAAACGGAAGGCCAUUUCACACUCGUCUUCUACAAAGGCCUGCAUCUCCAUUGUUGCAAGGAAGAGGGCUGUAAUUCCAGCACAUCGACCGUACUCAGCCUCUCUUCUCUUGUUGCUGCCAUCUUAUUGUACAGACUGUUAUAA